AUGCGGGAGAUGGCAGAAGUUUAUGAGACCAUCGCAAAGCUGGAACUCCAACACAAACGGACUCAACACGUUGACACACAAACGGAACUAUUAAAUGCCCGACGACGACUCCGAGACCUCAUCACGCGAAAGUACUACCGCUCCUUACAAUAUUCGAAGAAUUUCUUCUAUAUACACGCGAACAAAGGCGGCAAAUUCCUGGCACACCUUCUGAAAGGCGACACACCGCGAACAAGG